CCCUCCUGCCCUGCAGAGACUGACUGCCAUGGGGAGCUGCCGCGCGUGGGCACUGCCGGAGCUGCUGGUGCUGAGCGUGUGGCUGUGGGUGAGCAGUGCCAGCCCCACGCACCCACCCAGCCCCGCGCUGAGGGUGCGCCUGGCUGGGUACCCACGCAAGCACAACGAGGGCCGUGUGGAGCUCUUCUACAACGACGAGUGGGGAACCAUCUGCGAUGAUGACUUCACUCUGGCCAAUGCGCACGUGCUGUGCCGGCACCUCGGCUUCGUGGCUGCCACCGGCUGGGCCCACAGCGCCAAGUACGGCAAAGGAGUCGGGCGGAUCUGGCUGGACAAUGUGAACUGUGCCGGAGGCGAGAAGAGCAUCGGGGACUGCAAACACCGGGGCUGGGGCAACAGCGACUGCAGCCAUGAGGAAGACGCAGGGGUCAUCUGCAAGGACGAGCGCAUCCCAGGCUUCAAGGACUCUAAUGUCAUCGAGACGGAGCCGAGCCACGUGGAGGAGGUCCGGCUGCGGGCAGUGGGGGCCGGCGCCCGGCGGCAGCUCCCGGUGACAGAGGGCAUCGUGGAGGUGCGGUACAAGGACGGCUGGGCACAGAUCUGUGAUGAGGGCUGGAGCAGCCACAACAGCCGCGUUGUCUGCGGCAUGCUGGGCUUCCCUGCCGAGAAGAAGGUCAACAAGAACUUCUACAAGCUGGCCUCCAAAUCUCAGCCUAAACAAAAGCGCAGGGAGGACGUAGGGUCCAAGAAGAGGCUCCUGGCCGAGCGGCAGCAGCUCCGCUACCGGCUGCACUCGGUGUCGUGCGCGGGGACCGAGGGGCACCUCUCCAUGUGCGCCUUCCAGUUCUACCGCGGCAACGUGUCCGCCGCCUGCAGCGGGGGCAGCGCCGCCGUCGUCAGCUGCGUGCCCGGGCCGCUAUUCGCCACCGGCAGCGCACACAAGAAGAAGCAGCGGCAGCAGCGGCAGCAGCAGGGCCAGCCACGGAUCCGGCUGAAGGGGGGUGCAAAGGUCGGGGAGGGCCGCGUCGAGGUGCUCAAGGGCAGUGAGUGGGGCACGAUCUGUGACGACCGCUGGAACCUGCUGUCAGCCAGUGUGGUGUGCCGCGAGCUGGGCUUCGGCAGCGCCAAGGAGGCCCUCACCGGGGCGCGCAUGGGCCAAGGGACGGGGCCCAUCCACAUGAAUGAGGUGCAGUGCCUGGGCACCGAGAAGUCCCUCUGGAGCUGCUCCUUCAAGAACAUCACGCAGGAGGACUGCAAGCACACGGAGGAUGUGGCUGUCCGCUGCAAUGUCCCCUACAUGGGCUACGAGACCCUGAUUCGGCUGAGCGGGGGCCGAAGCCGCUUUGAGGGGAGGGUGGAGGUGGCCGUGGGGGCUGGCGCCGGGGAGCAGCCGCGCUGGGGGCUGGUCUGCAGCGAAGGCUGGGGUACGCUGGAGGCGAUGGUGGCCUGUCGCCAGCUGGGCCUGGGAUUCGCUAACCACGGCUUACAAGAGACCUGGUACUGGGAUGCCAGCAACGUGACGGAGAUGGUGCUGAGCGGGGUGAAGUGCACCGGCCACGAGAUGUCCCUGAGCCACUGCCAGCACCACGGCUCCAGCCUCAACUGCAGGAACACGGGCACACGCUACGCUGCUGGUGUCAUCUGCUCCGAGACCGCCUCGGACCUGCUGCUGCACGCGCCGCUGGUGCAGGAGACGGCGUACAUCGAGGACCGGCCGCUGCACAUGCUGUACUGUGCUGCCGAGGAGAGCUGCCUCUCCAGCUCCGCUCGCCUCGCCAACUGGCCCUAUGGGCACCGCCGCCUGCUCCGCUUCUCCUCCCAGAUCCACAACAACGGCCGCGCCGACUUCCGCCCCAAGGCCGGGCGGCACUCCUGGGUCUGGCACGAGUGCCACCGGCACUACCACAGCAUGGACAUCUUCACCCACUACGACAUCCUCACCCCCAAUGGCACCAAGGUGGCGGAGGGGCACAAAGCCAGCUUCUGCCUCGAGGACACCGAGUGCGAGGAAGACGUGGCCAAGCGGUACGAGUGUGCCAACUUCGGGGAGCAGGGCAUCACGGUGGGCUGCUGGGACCUGUACCGGCACGACAUCGACUGCCAGUGGAUCGACAUCACUGAUGUCAAACCGGGCAACUACAUCCUGCAGGUCGUGAUCAACCCCAACUUCGAAGUGGCAGAGAGCGACUUCACCAACAAUGCCAUGAAAUGCAACUGCAAGUACGACGGGCACCGCAUCUGGGUGCACAGCUGCCACAUCGGUGAUGCACUCAGCGAGGAGGCCAACAGGCGCUUCGAGCAGUACCCAGGGCAGCUCAACAACCAGAUCUCAUAGUGCCCAGCACGGGAGGCACCAGGAGGAGCCCCGGGGGGGGCAUCUCCCACCCUCACCCUCCACAGGGGGAGAUGCUGCUGGGGCCUCAGGGACUCAGCCCAGCACCGCAGCCACCGGGCACCGUGAGGCUGCCGGGACCCACAGGCACCCACCUGGCACUGCAGCCACCACCCAACCACUGCCCAGAGACUGUGCCCACAUCCUCUGGGCCGCGGCACAUGGGCACAGAGGUCCCGAACCACACCGUGCCCCCCCCCCCCCAGCUCCCGGUCACUGCAGCUGCACCUCCCUGCUCCCCAACGGGCCUGGUUCGUCCCCAGGACCCAGCAGGGACCUGCAGCCCCCCCGGUGUGGCUGCCCCUGCCCCAUGGCCGCAGCGGUUCCCACACCCCUCUUAGAUGUAACUUUAUUUUCUCUAUAAAGGUAUCAGUUGUUCCCAGUG